UUUACAAAUGGCUGCUGCAGCUGUAUCAAAGUUAUUGUGAUAGUCUGUUUUCAAUGUAAAAUAAUAGUUUAAUUAAGUGUAAUUAAUAUUAAAGUGCUUGUAAAUACUAGCGUAACCUAUAUUAGUGUGAAUCUCAUUGCUUCUAGUGAAUAGUGGCCAUUUUACGAUAAAUAUCUAUGGAUGGUGAACAUCACUGGUAUGACGAUGAACGACUAUACCACUCAAGAGACAGCGAUGAAAGUCCCAUCUUGUCACACAGAUAUGACAAAACCCGUCGCCUAUCCCCAUACUCCUCGCCGAAGGUCGAGGACCGGGAGAGACGGUCCACCCUGACACUGCUGGCCAAAUUCUUCCUCUUCUGCACAGCCAUGAUACUCUUCUGUGUCCUUCUGUACAUACCUGUUUAUAUUAAGGCCAAUGAUCAAAUUUCUAAAGCAACAGUCGCGGGGUGGUCGAUGCACACGAACCGAGACACAAAAGUGUAUAUCCAGCCAAACAACGUGACGACAAUCCACGCACCCACACAUAUAUGCACGAAGCAGCAGAAAGACAAACUCUUCCUUCUCAUCGUGGUCUGCUCAGCCACCGUCCACUUCGACAGGAGACAGACCAUUAGAGAAACAUGGGGCAACUACACCACUUAUAAACAAAUGACCAAGUUGUACAAAGAAGUUAAGCAGAAAUAUGCCCACUAUAACUAUAGCUACGAUCUCUACACAGAAGCAUAUGUUAAUAGGCCCUACUCUAGAGUUAAAAGAUACAUAUCUAGCUUUAAUCAGCUCCUACCGGGGCUGGCUAAAGCGCUACAAGACAACUUGGUGAAUGACAAGACUGACGAUGUACCUGAGGAGAAACGGUUUGAUGACGACGAUGUCAUGUUACCAGAAUUCGACAUGAAUGAACAAUUGGGCGAUCAAACUGAACCCUCCUACGAAUACUACGACACUAAUGUCAUGCGAAUCCCUCCCAGAGGGUACGGGCACUCCCCUGAUCUAGAAAAAGUGUUGUCGUUAUUAAAAUUAAAUAAGAAUUUUCGCAAAAUGAAAGAGGUGAAUGCUGAUUAUGGCAACACUGAUGUGGAUUAUAAGGUUGUGUUUUUGUUGGGGUUGCCAGCUAACGAUAAUGAUUCGGUGGUCCAGAAUAGGAUUGAGGAGGAGGUCCAGAAAUAUGGUGAUAUCAUCCAGGAGAGGUUCAUAGAUUCCUACAGUAAUCUGACUUUAAAAUCUAUUAUGCUACUCAAGUGGAUCACAAGCAAUUGUAAUAAUAGUGUUCGCUACAUUUUAAAAUCAGAUGAUGACAUGUACAUAAACGUACCGAAUUUGAUGGAUAUUUUGAAAAAUAAGUCUCAAGAGUUUGAUGCCAAGUAUAAGAUCCAGAAUUCUAAGGAAUACCUACUUACGGGACACCUAAUAUGUGGGGCGAGACCUAUUCUAGAUUCUAGUAAUAAAUGGUACAGUCCUAAGUACAUGUAUGGUGGGAGGGUGUAUCCUAAGUACCUGUCUGGUACGGCGUACGCCUUUUCAUACGACGCAGCUAACGCCCUCUACCGAGCAGCGCUACGAACUAGUUAUUUCCAUCUUGAAGAUAUAUUUAUUACUGGUAUGUGCGCGGCCCGUGCACGUCCCCGCCUGAUUCCGAGCAACGACUCCAACUUCUCGUACCAGGCGGGCAGCGACUGGGUGAACUGCAACUGCCAUGCGUAUGCGCACGCCACGGAGCAUCGCGUCCCGUUGGAGAAUCUGCGCAAAUUGCAUCAACAGCUGCAGAAACCUGAUCUAGUUGAUACAUGCGAAAGAAUCCGCCUAACACAGAUUAAGGAAAGUCGAAGUAACCAUUCUUUGAUUUAUAAUUUAUUCAAAAAGCUCACACGUAAACCUCAGCUAGAGUGUUGGAAAACUGAAACUCCUGAACAAUGAAUUUUUAAUUUGGAGAAAUUACGUACAUAACGCUCAAAUACUGAAAUGUUACUCAAUUUUAAGUUAUACUUAAAUAACUUGCUAUCUCUGUCAUUUUAUAAAGAAUUGGUAGAGACAGAACUAGUUUUGAGAGCGUCUUAAAAUUGAGUAGCGUUUGAGUAUUCGGACAUAAGUCUAUUACAAUAUUUUUUACUCACUUUUUGUUCAAUGUUGCUCAAUUUUCGAAAAUGGUUGUUUUUUAUUUAUUUAUUUAAGGUGUUCUAAAAGUAUCUGCCACGGCUUUAAUGGGAGGUAGUGUUGU